UUUCUUGCUAUCGGUUAAGAUAGACGUUAAAAUGAACAAUCUCUACAAUUUACGACUUUUCAAGAAAUUCAAUAGAGUUAGAGACUUACACUCAGGCCUAUAUUUUAAGAAGUACGGUCAUCUACUUAAAUGGAAACCUAAUGAAUCGAUUUUGGAUAUUGGCUGUGGAACUGGUGACAUAUCUUACAAGUACAUCUACCCUAUGCUGCCCAAGGACUUUUCCCGAUUUGUCUGCACGGAUAUCUCAAAAACUAUGCUUCAGCAAGCCGAACAGCAAUUCAGUGGCAUUCCCAAAAUGCAAUUUGAUAUUUUGGAUAUAACUGGCGAAGUAGAAGACAAGAAGUGUACUUUUGAUCAUAUAUUCUGUGUGAACUGUCUUAUGUGGAUCAGCAACCAAAGAAAGGCUUUUCAGAAUAUCUAUGACAUGCUAAAGCCUGGUGGAGAAUGUUUUCUGAUCUUUGUGAACAGACAACUUAUUAUAGAAACGGUCUUUCAAUUAUCUGAGAGACCAAAAUGGAAGAAAUUCUUUCCUGAUGUUACUAAAACUUAUCCUUUCCCAUAUAGACUUGAUCCUGAUCCAGUCAAAACUAUUACGGAUAUGAUGAAAUUAAUAGGAUAUGUCAAUACUAAGGUUUACUUAGAAAAGACAAAUUUCGUGUUUCAUAGUGCGGAGGAGUAUUUAGGGUUCAUCACAGCCAUUCCUAAUCCUCUGCCACAGAUGACAUCAGAAGAACAGGAAAAUUAUUUAAAAGAAUCAGUUGAGCUAGCUUACGAGCUGAAUAUCAUCCGGAAAUCCGCAGGAGAUGAUAAAACCGGUAGCUUUCUUGUGGUAUAUGGAAAGAAAUAAGUGUAUUUAUUAGACCUUUCACUGUAUGCUUCAGAUAUCCUAUCUGAGAUAUCUCAUCUGAUAAUUAAAUUCUGCACUAAGAAUAUAAAUAUUGAUCUAUUAGUAGCUUUGUUUAACGAUAUUAAUUUAUAUUCCGAUUUAGAGAAAUAGUGCAAUACAUUCACUACCUUGACUUUUGUUUUUUAAAUAUGUCAUACAAAGUGCGAUUAACCUGGUGAUUUUUCUGUAUUCUGCCAUUUUUUACAACGAGAGGUGUUCAAAUUUAAUAUUCCAAAUUAGUACUGCAGGUGUCAAGAAGAGUUAUGCCAUACCAAACCAAGUUCUUAAAGUGUCAGUAAGUGUACUUUUUACAUUAAGAUGAUGGACUCAAACUCACUUUCACCCCAUUUAAUAUUAAUUCGAGUUUAAUUUUUUCUUUAUCACAACAAUAUAUGUAAGCUGAUUUGUCUAUGUGAAGUUUUAAUGAAUACAAACACAUAAACAAUUU